AUGGCGCCCGAGAAGCGCAAUCAGUUCCUCGAUGCCGAGGACAGCGACGACGAUGCCAUCCAGGACAACUCAGACGACGAACUGCGAAAGGGAGGGCGCACCGCCAAGAGGCGUAAGCUGGAAGAUGACAGUGACCAAGAGGACGCGGCGUCCAGCGACGAGGCCUCGGGCGACGAGAGUGACGAGAAGAAUGCUGAAGAAGCCGAGAGCACCAAACCACAAAGACCAACGCCUAGCAAGAAAGAUCGGGGAGAGACACGGCGGAGCAAGGAGGAUAGCGACGCACAGCCCGACGACAUCCUCCAAGUCAAAUCCUUGUUGAAGAAGAAUCCCGUCGCCACAGAAGCUGCCAUUAAAAAGUCUGGCGUCGUAUACGUCUCGCGCAUCCCACCAUUUAUGAAGCCCCACAAGCUGCGCUCGCUCCUGUCGAACUACGGCACCAUCAACCGCAUCUUUCUUGCUCCCGAAGAUCCCAUGGCACACCAGAGGCGGGUACGUAACGGUGGCAACAAGAAAAAGAUGUACACCGAGGGCUGGGUGGAGUUUGUGAACAAGAAGGACGCCAAGGACGUGUGUGCCAUGCUGAACGCGCAGACAAUCGGCGGCAAGAAGGGGAGCUACUACCGGGACGACAUAUGGACGCUGAAGUACCUCAACGGCUUCAAGUGGCACCACCUGACGGAGCAGAUUGCGGCGGAGAGCGCGGAGAGGAGCAGCCGCAUGAUGGCGGAGCUCCAGAGGGAGAAGAAGGAGAACAAGGACUUCGUGCAGCGGGUCGAGAAGGCCAAGAUGCUGGAUGGCAUACAGAGCAAGAAGGCCCAGAAAACGACCGCGCAUGACGGCGCAGCGGAUGCAGCCGCCCCCACUCCCGCAGACGAAGGGGCUGGUGCCGAGAGGCAUAGGAAGUUCCAACAGAAGACGUUGGCGCACAAGAAGAAAGCGACGGAAUCGGCUCAGCCGCAGAAGGCUAGCAAGGCCCUGAGCAAGGUUUUCUAA